ACCAGUCCAGGUCAUAGGUUACGAGACCAUACCUUGCGAAGUUGAGAACAAAUUUUCCCACAAUUUUGACCAUUUUUGCUGUCACAAGCUGUAACAUACAUAAGCCACGAUGGUUCGUGCUUGGUACAUGGAUGACUCUGACGCUGACCAGCGCGCUCCCCACAUGACAGACCCGCCCCAGCCCGUGGAACUGGACCAGCUCAAAGACAUCGGGGUCCUGCACUGGCAGCUGUCUGGAAAUGAGGACGAUGAAACUCUGGCUGGCAUCAGGAAGGAUCGUGGGUACUCCUACAAUGAUCUCAUCGAAAUCACCCCAGAAAAGCUGCCCAACUAUGAACAGAAGAUCAAGAUAUUUUUUGAGGAGCACAUCCAUCUUGACGAGGAGAUCAGGUACUGUGUCGGGGGGAGCGGGUACUUCGACGUUCGUGACAAGGGGGACAAGUGGAUCCGCAUCGAGAUGGAGAAGGGAGACCUGAUCGUCCUCCCAGCCGGUAUCUACCAUCGCUUCACUCUGGAUGAGAAGAACUACAUCAAAGCAAUGCGUCUGUUUGUCGGAGAGCCUGUAUGGACCCCGUACAAUCGUCCCGCUGAUGACAAGGAUGCCCGUAAGGAGUACCUGAAGACCAUGGGCCUGGCUGCUUAAGAAAUAUCAUCCAGACACUGAAUUGUUAUUAUGCAGGUUUCAAUCAACUAUAAUAAAGAUAUAUUUUUCAAGGGGCAGCUUUGUGCUCAUGCAAUGAUAAGAACGAUGAUAAGGUCAUGGCUUUCCAAUAACCUUUUCUGUUUGUAGAAAGUUCCUGAUUAUAUUAACCACAAUACGUUUAAUACUAUGACAUCAUACCUCAUCAACAUAUGCUUGAUGCAAGUUCUUGCCCAAAAGCUAAUCAUGAGUUACUAGGUUAUAACAAAGGAAUAAAGAAAAAAGAUUAAGGUAAAGAAUGAUUGUCUAAAACUGGGCAGCUUUUUUGAAAGCAGUCUAUAACAAAAUCUCCCCCUUUAUGUAUAAUUUGUAUGGGUGUGUUGAUUUUAUUUUAGGUUCAAUAAUAGUUCAUCUAAUGCAUGCAUUUUAUACAUAGCUUUUGAUAUACAAUAUGCAUAUGCAUUAUGAUAGUCUAGAAUUGUGUAGGACAUCAUCCAUACUGUAUUACAGUAGUAAACCUGUUCUCCUAUUUGUACUGCAUGUACAAUGGUGACAGGAACAUUCCAUAUCUAAAAAAAUUGACUUAAAAUUUGACAAAUAGCAUGUCAUAGCCAUUUACUAGUCGGGCAUCCCUGGCAGUUUGUCUUAUAUUGAAGAACCAAUAGUACAUAACACAACAGAUAGCAUGUGCCUUAACAGUUGUGUGAACAUCAGCUGGUGUUAUAUCUACAGAGUAAACCUUGCUAGCAGUGAUGUUUUUUUCCUGAUGUAGCUGUGUAACUAACAGUACUACAAACUACAUAAGCUAUCAGAAAACCUUCCACCAAUGCUUCCAAAGUCAGUACAUUACUGAAUUAAAAACUGUCCCAAGA